CCCUAAUCUCAUUGUCAUCUAUUUUGUUUUUCUUCUACUACCGUUCUCAAGCCCCCCUCUCUUCUUCUUUCUUCUGUCUCUCUAACCGCCGGUUAAGAAAUAGAAGCAGACCAUGGCCGAGGAAGUACAUAUGCCAGUAGUAGAAAGAGGUCCAAGAAAGAGGAAAUUAGGUAAAAAGGGAAGUAAGGCAAAGAAGAAAUUAAAGGUGAUGCCAGGCAGUGGAAAGAAGGUUAAAAUAAAUCAGAAGAUGAGAAAACUGUUUCGCAAGAGGGUAAGAGAGUACAAUUCAGAUGAUGAUGGAGAGGAGCCAGCCGCCUCUGAGAUCAGAGGCGAUAUGUCACUUUCUUCUCACAAUCAUGAGGCAGAAGGUGGGGAUUCUUCUGAAGAUGGAAUGGAUAUAAACUCCGAAAAUGAAGAAUUUUCUGAUGAUGAAGAAAGUGCUGAAAUUCAGCCUGGAAUUGCAAGUUUUACAGAAGGUUCUAGAGCGUUCAAGAUGGCAUUUAAGAGCAUCAUAAAAAAUAGUGUAGCUGAAGAUUCACUUGGUCCUGUGUUAUCAGCACACAAGAAGCUUGUUGCUGAGAAGCUUGCUGAAGAGGAAGUUGAGCGCAAGGUCAAGGGAGAGACUAAGAAAGAAAACCACUUGGCAGGAGAGAAGGGGCAUGUGAAGCCUGCUAAUUACUUGGACUCACAUGAAAAGUUUCUCAUUGGUGUUGCUACGAAAGGAGUUGUCAAGUUAUUCAAUGCUGUAAACAAGGCGCAAAAUGCUCAAAAAGGGUUGAAUUCGAGGUCUAAAGAUGCAAAGGUAUUGAUAAAUAAGCGAAGGAAAGAAGCAUUCCUUUCAGAGUUGGGCAAGACAUCAGCAACUGAUGCUGCCUCUAAGGGUCAUGUCUCAUCAAGCAAUGCAGAAGGAGAAGGGCCUGCUUGGGCUCCAUUACGUGAUAAUUACAUGCUAACCAGUUCCAAAUUGAAGGAUUGGGAUAAGAUGCCUGAUACUGCUGCAGAAGAUGAUGUUGGAAGAAUGUCGGAAGAGGAUGAUAGUUCUGAUGCUGAUUGAUUGUAUGAUAA